AUGUCGUUGUCUACUUCAAAGAUACUUCACAAAUUGGUGCUGUUUUGGACCGCUUUGUUGACGCUGAACGUCGAGAUCGGAAUCGGAAUCGAAAUCGUUGCCUGGGCAUCUAGUCAUCUAGUCAGUUUGUCUAGUCCGUCUGUCCGUCUGUCCAUUCUUUGCACAUUGCUGGCCGCUGCGAGUGCUGCACCCGGACUCCUUGAUUACGGAUUGGGACAUACGGCGCCCGCUAUCAGCUAUGGACAUGCUGCUCCCGCUAUCAGCUAUGAGCACGCCGCACCCGCCAUUAGCUAUGCACAUGCUGCUCCGGCUGUCACAUAUGCUGCAGCUGCUCCAGUCCUCAAAUCCUAUGCGCCCGCCAUCAGCUAUGCGGCUCCGACGGUCGUCAAGUCUUAUGCACCCGCCAUUAGCUAUGCUGCUCCGGCUCCAGUGAUUAAAUCUUAUGCUCCUGCCAUCAGCUAUGCAGCUCCAACGCUCCUCAAGUCUUACGCUGCUCCAGUGGCAGUCAAAGCUGUCGCUGCUCCUGCCACCAGCUACUCACACUUCAGUUCGGUUGUUUCCCAUGCCACGCCCAUCAUCAAAUCAUAUGCUGCCGCCCCCAUUGUCAAGUCUUAUGCUGCACCAGCAAUUAGUUACGCUGCACCAACUGUGGUUAAAUCCUAUGCAGCUCCAGCGAUAAGUUAUCAGCCCACUCUGCUGAAAUCCUAUGCCGCUGCGCCUGCUCUCACAUUGGGCGGAUAUGAUGAUCACUAUGGCUAUCACUAAGUCGCUACCAAAUCCACAACUGAGCAUGAGCAGGGAUGGUCAAAGUAAGACAUGAAGAAAGACAUGGAGUGUGAGCGAGACAGAACGAGAGCGAUGGAGAGGAAGAGAGAGGGUGAGAGAGAGAGAAUUAAGUUGACAGCGGCACGUUUUCCAAAACUAU